UUGAAUCUCUCUGGUAAAGAUAAUUAAUCAACUCAACUCUUUAAUAUGCCUGAAGUAGCCCCGAAGUCAGCGCCCAAGAAAGGCGCCAAGAAAGCCGUCCUGAAACCGGCCAACAAGAGUGGGAAGAAGCGCAGGAGGACCAGGAAGGAGAGUUAUGGCAUCUACAUCUACAAGGUCCUGAAGCAGGUUCAUCCUGACACCGGCAUCUCCUCCAAGGGGAUGGGCAUCAUGAAUUCUUUCGUGAAAGACAUCUUUGACCGCAUCGCCGGAGAAGCUUCUCGUUUGGCUCACAUCAGCAAGCGCCGUACCAUCUCUUCCAGGGAGAUUCAGACCGCUGUCCGCCUGUUGCUUCCCGGGGAGUUGGCAAAGCAUGCCGUAUCUGAGGGAACAAAGGCUGUCACCAAGUACACUAGUGCUAAGUAGACGGUCAUCGUCUCCAAAACCAACGGCUCUUUUAAGAGCCACCCAUUUGUUCUUUAUAAAGCUAUUCCAGGUGGCAUUAGUGUCCUAUGAA